AUGGGUGAUGUCUUGUAUCAGGGUGAUGAUUAUCUGAACCAGGUAGGAGUGUCUGCAUAUGCAUUGGGGGGGGGGGGGGGGGGGGGGGGGAGCGUCAAGAAGUCGGUGCUCCGCACCAUCCCCACCGUGCCCUACGUGUCCGUCGACGCCGGCAAGGGCACGGAGGAGGAGGCCGCCGCGGCGCCCGACUGCACCAUCUGCCUCGCCGAGUUCGAGGACGGCGAGGCCAUGCGUGUUCUGCCGCAGUGCGGCCACGCCUUCCACGCAGCCUGCGUCGACAAGUGGCUGUGCGGCCACUCCUCCUGCCCCUCCGGCCGCCGGAUCCUCGCCGGCCGGCCAAUAGUGGCAGCGCUGUGGCGCGCGCCCCGACCCAGUCGUGGCGACCUGGAAGCCACCGGCCCACUACGGCGUGAUGCUGCCCUUCUUGCGGUAGCGGCCCGCGCGCUAGCUCUCUCCAUAGAUCUGGGCGAGAGCUAGAAGAUGACUACCAGAGGAACCAGUCAAUUAAUCAAUGAGCCUUCUAUUUGGUCAAAUAUCUCGCCUGCUUCUCUUUAGACUAGUCACAGUGGAGAGUAACUUACACUAGUAACAUACACGCUAUCCUAGACUUACGUAAAAAAAAAAUACACGCUAUCCUAGACUAUGUUACUAUCUCCAUAGUGGGUAUUAACAUAUGUGUAGUGUCAUGCAAAGCUUCAUUUAUUAGA